AAGGACAGCUCAGUUUUGCCCACAACUCAGGAGAGAAUUCCCUUGAUACUUGUAAGCGUUUAGCAUUCCCUCCGUUAAUUAUCCAGCGCUAGCUGACAAAAUAAUUACAAGAUAAACUUGUGAGUGAGUGAGCCACAGCAGCGGGGCGGGGAGUCCAUCAGCAACUUGAGCCAAGCAGAGCUGUGAUCCAGGGUAACAGACGAGCUGUUCCGCUACAGAAAACCACACACAUUUCCCCGACAGAUUUUAUGGAGGCUAUUUUGAACUGCAAACCAGAGGAAUUGGAGGAUUACUACGGGUUAUUGGGCUGCGAUGAAUUGUCGUCGACUGAACAGAUUAUCAAUGAAUACAAGAUCCGAGCCUUGGCGUGUCACCCAGACAAACACCAAGGCAACCCAAGAGCAGUGGCAGAUUUUCAAAAACUGCAAGAAGCCAAAGAGGUUUUAUGCAAUGAAAACAAAAGGAAAAACUAUGACCUGUGGAGAAGAAGUGGUGUCACUAUUUCAUUCCACGACUGGCAAGCCUUGAAUGACUCCGUAAAAACUUCGAUGCACUGGGCUGUGAGAGAUAAGAAGGAGCCGAUGCUGGAGGCGUCAAAAGCAGAAAUCCCGAACACUUCCCAAGCAGAGGACUUUCACUGUGAGCAGGAGGCAUAUGAUGCCAUGCCAUCCUCAAGUGAUUACUGCCAUCGGCGUUUCCGUUGGGCCGCUGACUCUCCAUCAAGCCUACUGCAGAAGUUCAGAAAUUAUGAAAUCUAAAUAUAUCACCUGCUCUAUUUUGUUUAAAUGUUUGUGUUUUUGUCUCCUUGUUGUGACUUACUAACACGAGACCCUGGUAACUGUGAUGUCAGUGUGUGUGAAUAUGAUCUGGCUGUAAAUGUGUCUGUUACACAUGUGAAAUAUUUUGUCUCAUGAAAAUCUGAUAGUUUAGUAUUAAAUCAUGUGAAUGAUAUAUGUUGUUAUUUGUCUUGCACAGUCCUUAACCAUGUUCACUAACACACUGGAGAUUGGAGAAUCAUGCCUGCUACUGGAGUACCUGAAUGCUGUAAUGUGUAUUUUUGUGCAGUUUAGUUCACAAUGUUGGGAAAAUAAAACCGAAACAUGUCAUGUC